CCGCCCCCGGAUGCAGAUACCCCGACUUCCGUUCUGGGCGGGACCUCAACCACUGGGCGCGGUGGUUCCUUGGGCGGCGGACUGUUUCCCAGGACCGGUCUAAAGUCAAGGUACCAGCAUCUUCCACCCUCCUGUCCACUCUUGGGCCCGUUGCUCUGACCCAGUCAUGCCUCGGGGCCAGAAGAGUAAGCUCCGCGCCCGUGAGAAACGCCGCCAGGCCCGAGGUGAGCCCCAGGGCCUUGGGGGUACUCAGGCCACUGCAGCAAAGGUUGAAGAGUCCCCCAAAUCUCCUGUUUCUGGGGAUACUCCCCCAAGUUCCCCUGCUGCUGGCACUUCCCAGGAGCCUCAGGGAUCCCCAGCCACUAGCUCUCCUGCUGCAGGUGUUUCACGCCAGAGAUCUAAUGUAGGUGCCAAGAGCCAAGUUGAGAAAAAUAAAAAUUCCUCUCAGGCCUCAACUUCCCCUGAGAGUGCUCGCAAAGAUCUUCUAACCAGGAAGGUGGGGAUGCUGAUGCAGUUCCUGCUAGAAAAGCAUACAAUGAGGGCACCCAUUAAAAAGGCAGACAUGUUGAAGAUGGUCAACAAAAGGCACAGGGAGCACUUCCCCGAGAUCCUCAGGAGAGCCUCCGAGCACGUGGAGCUGGUCUUUGGCCUAGAAUUAAAGGAAGUCAAGCCAGGCGGUCACUCCUAUACCCUCGUCAGCAGCCUAGACCUCACCAGUGACGGCAGUGUGAGCAGCAUCUCGGGCUUUCCUAAGAAUGGGCUUCUCAUGCCUAUUCUGAGUGUGAUCUUCUUGAGUGGCAACCGCGCCUCUGAGGAAGAUAUCUGGGGAUUCCUGAAUAUUUUGGGCGUCUAUGAUGGAAGGAGGCAUUUAGUCUUUGGGGAGCCCAGGAAGCUCAUCACCCAAGAUUUGGUGCAGGAAAAGUACCUGGAGUACCGCCAGGUGGCCAACAGUGAUCCUCCACGCUACGAGUUCCUGUGGGGCCCGAGGGCCCAUGCUGAGACCAGCAAGAUGAGAGUCCUAGAGUUUCUGGCCAAGGUUCAUGAUACCGUCCCCAGUGCCUUCCCAUUCCAUUAUGAAGAGGCUCUGCGAGAUGAGGAAGAGCGAGCCCGAGCCCAAGCCGCAGCCCAGGCUGCCUCUAUUACCAAGGCCGGUGCACGUUCCCGGGCCAAGUCCAGCCGCUCCUCUCGUCCCUAGACAGGGCUGAGGCAGAGUCUUCGCUUUGUUGUUGAGGAGGGCUGCCAUCGUUGAAGUAGUGAGAGGCUAAAGUGGGCUUGGCGAGGCCAUAAUAUUUAUCUUCUUUGUUUUCCUGUUAUACAUUGGUAGCUUACAAAUAUAGUUCCUUUCAAUAGAAUGUUUAUUUAGAUUCAGAAUCCAAGUUUAUAAAUGACAUGGAUCACACAUUGCUGUCAGAUUUAAGAGUAAGAGUAGUUUUGGUGUUGUGUAAUAAAGCCUGAAAAUCCUUGCAUCUUCUCUGGGUUCCAGAACAACAUAAUAUGGCUUUGGAAUGGGGAUUUUCUUAAGAGUAAGAGUUUUGGUGUUGUGUAAUAAAGCCUGAAAAUCCUUGCAUCUUCUUUGGGUUCCAGAACAACAUAAUAUGGCUUUGGAAUAGGGAUUUUUCUUGGAAAUAUGAAAGAACUAGCAAAAAUAUAACUGUGGUUUUAAAAUGGAAAUGAAGUAAAAUGUAGUUAAAUAUUGGUUUGUUCUAUUCAUUUUUGUCUUUCUCUCUCUAAAAUUCAAGGGUAUAUACCUGAA